AUGUAUGUGAAAUGGUUUGAUACAGUAAUGUUUUACUAUGUGAUUUUAGUGUAUUUAGUGAAUGUCACUUUUUGUCAUUUUCAAAUUUCCCGCCAGUUUCGUCCCCCAUACGUCCUGACGCUCGCAGGGACAGAACACAGAAGACAGAUGCCGGCAUCCGCCGGAUUACAUUGCUGGGGACACUGCAGGAGGGACAUCGCGGGAGCGCAGGACAAGGUAAGUGAAGAACAGAUGUCGGAGUAGAACACGCAUUUUAAGCCCUAGAGUGUAGCUCGGGGUUACCGCUUUUGCUACACUCGGGAAUACCAACAGGGAGGUUAAG